AUGCUCUGUGUGCUCUUGGGAGGAACAGACGGGCACCCAUCGUCGAUCCCUCCCUCCCUUCCCCCUUUCUCUUCCCCGACUCUGCAACUCCCACACAUGGCGAACGACAAGGUGCCCGACGCGCCCUCGGGCCAGGAGCCCACAAUCCACGGCAGCACCAUGGGAGCCGGGGCGCCGCACGCGGCCUCGGAGAAGGCCAACAACACGGACGACGAGCCCGCGUUCCUCGAGCACGCCGCGACAAACAACUCGGAGGCCUUGAAGGAGGCCCGGAGGGUGAACGCCAUCGAGGCCCUCGGCAUCCCGGACUGGCAGGCCAAGGAGAAGAAGAUUGUCCGGACUCUGGACAUGACGCUGUUGCCCCAGCUGUGGAUCUUGUACAUGUUCAACUACCUGAACCGCACAAACAUCGCACAAGCCCGUCUCGACGAGGACUUUGAGGCGACGCUCCAGCUCGGGAACACCGACUACAGCACCGCAGUCGCCCUUCUCACCGUUGGCUACAUGUUGGCGCAGCUGCCUUCCAACAUGCUCAUCACCCGAGUCCGCCCGGGCCUCUACCUUCCGACAUGCGCCAUCCUGUGGUCCGGCGUUUCCGCCACGACGGCUGCCGUCACCAGCCCGGGCCAGCUCUUUGGCGUCCAGUUCAUCUUGGGCAUUAUUGAAGCCCCCCUAUUCCCUGGUGCCGUCUACCUUAUGUCAUGCUGGUACACCCGGAGAGAGCUCGCCCUCCGCACCGCGCUUCUCUACUCGGGCCUCGUCCUCGCGCAAGCCUUCUCCGGCCUCAUCGCCGCCGGCGUCUUCUCCGGCAUGUCUGGGGCCGCAGGACUCCGUGGUUGGCAGUGGCUGUUCAUUUUAGAAGCUGUACUCAGUGCCUUCUUUGCGUUGACUGCCUACUUCAUCUUGCCCAACUAUCCUCACUCCAAGACCGGGGGCGCCAUGUGGUCCAUGACGGAAGAUAUGCGGAGGAUCGCCGUGGCCCGCAUCGAGGCCGACCGUGUGGAGCAGCCUACCGACUCGACCGUCUGGCAGGGUCUUCGUCUGGCGCUGACCGAUGUGAAAACGUACAUUUUCAUCUUCAUGAACAUCUUCAUGACAUCCUCUUACGGCUUCAACAACUUCUUCCCGACCAUGGUCCGCGGCUUCGGCAUGGGCAGCAGCACGAUGGCCCUCGUCCUCACUGCGCCGCCCUAUAUCCUGGGCACCGCGGUGUCCUUCGGCGUGGCGUGGUCUUCGGACCGGAAGAAGGAGAGAGGUUUCCACAUCAUGGCCAACAACUGCAUAUCCAUCGUUGGUUUCAUCAUCUCCGUCGCGACCCUCAACACGGCGGCGCGCUAUACGGCGGCCUUCCUGUACACGUCGGGCUCCUUCUCCGCCAACGCUCUGGUUUACACCUGGGCCGUCUCGUCGCUCGGCCAGACGCCCGAGAAGCGUGCGGCUGGCGGCGCCAUCGUCAACAUCAUGGGUCACCUGGGCAACGUCAUGUCGCCCUACUUCUUUCCCGACAGCGACUCGCCGCGCUACACGAUGGCCAUGAUCCUCCAGAUCGUCUUCGCCGGCCUGACAUUCUGCAUGGCCUUCACGUCCAAGACGUACCUGCGCAGGCAGAACAAGAAGCUGCGGACCGCGGCGGAUGAGAGUGGUCAAGUGUACAACCCCUUUACGACGUGA